UCCGGCUUCUCUGUCUUUCUGGCGUCCCUGGUUCCCUCUGCAGCUCCCUCGGAUGGCCUCCCCGCCCGGUAAUGGGACAGCGCCGGGCUCGGUCCGGCUUCUGCACGCAGCAUCUGAUCGGUUAUAUUUUGCUACUUUAAGGAAUAGACCAAAAAGCACAGUAAAUACCCACUAUUUCUCCAUCGAUGAGGAGCUGGUCUAUGAAAAUUUUUAUGCAGAUUUUGGACCUCUGAACUUGGCAAUGGUGUACAGAUACUGCUGUAAACUAAACAAGAAACUGAAACCAAAGAAAAUUUUCAAGAAUAUCCCUUUCCUGGGAAAGUUGGAGUCAUACAGUUUAUCAAGAAAGAAAAUAGUGCACUACACCUGUUUUGAUCAGCGGAAAAGAGCAAAUGCGGCAUUUUUGAUAGGUGCUUAUGCUGUAAUCUAUUUAAAGAAGACACCGGAAGAAGCCUACAGAGCACUCCUAUCUGGCUCAAACCCCCCCUAUCUUCCGUUCAGGGAUGCUUCCUUUGGAAAUUGCACUUACAAUCUCACCAUCCUCGACUGUUUGCAGGGAAUCAGAAAGGGAUUACAACAUGGAUUUUUUGACUUUGAGACAUUUGAUGUGGAUGAAUAUGAACAUUAUGAGCGAGUUGAAAAUGGUGACUUCAACUGGAUUGUUCCAGGAAAAUUUUUAGCAUUUAGUGGACCACAUCCAAAAAGCAAAAUUGAAAAUGGCUAUCCUCUUCACGCCCCUGAAGCCUACUUUCCUUAUUUCAAAAAGCACAACGUGACGGCCGUCGUGAGGCUGAACAAAAAGGUUUACGAGGCGAAGCGCUUCACAGACGCGGGCUUCGAGCACUACGACCUGUUCUUCCUCGACGGCAGCACGCCCAGCGACAACAUCGUGCGGAGGUUCCUCAACAUCUGCGAGAACACGGACGGGGCGAUCGCGGUUCACUGCAAAGCUGGUCUUGGAAGAACAGGGACGUUGAUAGCCUGUUAUGUCAUGAAACACUACAGGUUUACACACGCUGAAAUAAUUGCUUGGAUCAGAAUAUGCCGGCCAGGCUCCAUUAUAGGACCCCAGCAGCACUUCCUGGAAGAAAAACAGGCAUCGUUAUGGGUCCAAGGAGACAUUUUCCGAUCCAAGCUGAAAAAUAGACCAUCCAGUGAAGGAAGUAUUAAUAAAAUUCUUUCUAGCUUGGAUGAUAUGUCUAUUGGUGGAAACUUAUCUAAAAUACAAAACGUGGAAAGAUUUGGAGAGAAUAAUUUAGAAGAGGAUGAAGAUGUGGAAAUGAAAAAUAGUAUAACCCAGGGAGACAAACUACGUGCCUUAAAAAGUCAGAGACAGCCACGCUCCUCACCAUCCUGUGCAUUUAGGUUGGAUGAUAUGAAAGGGCACCCACGAGCAGUAUCCCAGCCUUUCAGAUUGACUUCGGCCCCACAAGGAUCUGCAACUACUUUGAAGACCUCGAAAGUGGCUUUGUCCCCUUCAGUGACGGCCAAGAGGAUAAACAGGGGUUCUUUGUCCUCAGGUGCCAGUGUACGAAGCUUUUCCAUAAACUCCCGGCUAGCCAGUUCUCUAGGCAACUUGAACGCUGCGACACAGGAGCCAGAGAACAAAAAGGCCUCCUCGUCCUCUAAGGCGGGUUUCAUAGCCAGCCCGCUCACCAGCCUCUUGAACGGCAGCUCCCAGCCGCCUGCCAGAAAUUACCCUGAGCUCAACAACAACCAGUACAGCCGAAGCAACAGCAGUGGUGGGAGCACCCUGCGCAGCCAGCCGAGCCCCCACAGCGUCCAGACCGAGGAGCACCCCACCCUCCUCCGGCCCUCCUACACCGGCCUCUCUUCUUCCUCAGCGAGAUUCCUGAGCCGUUCAAUCCCCAAAUGUGGCUUUACUAAAAUAAGAGACAAUACAUGUUAACCGAGCUUGCAUCGAUAAAAUUUUGGCGUUCAAAUGAACUGGAAACACAAAUGGUUGGCUGAGUCAAGGAGAGUGUCAACAACAAUCUGUCAUCUAACAAUUGAGCUUUUUGUGAUUGUUGAAAAGCACAGAUUAAGUUCACUCAGAAAAAAAGAAUCUAUUAAAAGUUAGGUAGGAAGGUGGAAGAAUAUUUUCUAUAGCAUUUUAAUUAACUGAAAUUGGCUUGUUAAAUCUUGGGGUCCCUGUAAUGCUUUGAGAACACUAUAGAAAAAUGUUUACACCUCCUUCAAAGCUGAUUUUAUCAAAAAACCUUAGCCUUUUUGUGUUAAUAUGAUGCCAAUAAAACCUUCUCCAGCUGUGUUUCUCUACUAGUGUUACUGGAGAAGUUAUGUUAGCAAAGGCAAAAACUUUCAGUAUUCUGAAACCACAUUUGUGGAAAUGGGAAUCAGUGCACACAUUCUGUGUGCUGGUAACUUACAAGCAAUACAAAAACUGGAAACUCUUUAUCGCAAAGUCCUAAAAGACUCCAGAGUAUAGAGCCAAUUUUAGAUAAACGUAUUAUUCCUCAGUGUUUAUUUUUUCCCCAUUUGUUCAUUAAAAUUCAAUACUGGAGUUAUAUAUAAAAUAGGAUACCAUAUUACCAAACGUAUUUUUUUUCUUUUAAUUAUCUAUGCCAUGAAAACAAACCACUUUUUAAGGUGCUUUUUGCCUCUGUAGUUAGAACUCAAACCAAGGGUAGCUAAGUAGACUGCUUUUUCUUCCUUAAGGGCCUUGGCAAGAUGGGGAAAUGCAGGAGACAAAAAGUCAGUGUGGCAAAAGCACAUGGUGAUUGUGAGUCAGGAUUUUGACUGAGUAGGAAACUAACAUUCCAGGUCAUAAGGCCUUUGGUCUAAGUUAUUUGAACAUUAAGACGUCAUUUCAUUCAUUUGCUGGCAAAGACCUAAAUUUUUCAUUAUUCUUUACAGCUUGCUGUUUUUGAUAGUCAAUGUAUAAUUGUAUUUAUUAACCAUCUUAACAGUAUUUAUAUCUAUAAUUAUUAGACAUUUUUCUACCAUGAUUAGGUAACUGGGCUGUUUAAAAAAGAAACACCUCCAGAAUAGCUAAAUUUUUAAAGUCACUACCUACAUCUGCCAAAACAGAUUAGUAGCAAAUUUCCAGAACAGAACAAAUUGUCUUGAUCUCCUUACCUAACACUUUGUUUUAUGUCAAAUCUAACUGCUUUCAGGGAACAAGACUUCUUGAUAGAAGCUUAUAUUUUGACAUAAAAAUUUUGGGGGCUGCAGGUGUAAAGUAAUUUUAUCCUUAUUUUGCAGGCUGAAUAUUGCUGUAUUAUUAGUUUUAUGGUAUUCACACUAUAAAAACACCAUAUAUUCAUGAUAAACUUGGUCUGGUCUUAGCUCACUAUAACCCUGUUGAACUUACUGGCUCAGGAACUUGAAUAUUCUGUUUGAGAAAUUAUAUAUAUAUAAAUAAGCACUACCUUGUAAAAUAAUAUUUACACCUCAGGUGCCACUUCCUUCGUAACCAUAUCCAUUGUAAUUCUUGAAAUUUUGUAAAAAUUUCAGAUGCAUUAGGUAUUAAUUCUUAUGGUAGUGAUAAACAUUGGCCAAGCAGAAUUAAAACUUUAAUCAGAGUACUUAAGCGUGGGUAUUCUUAUAAGGAAAAAAUUUUUUUAGCAUAUUCCUGAAAAUUACUUUGAUUCAGUCCUAAAAGGAUUUUUCAUUUUAAAAUGUCUGUGUCUCCUUUAUAGUAUAAUAAAUAUUGCUUUCUCUUUUUGUAAUUUAAUAUUUCUUUUCUCACUCAGGAUCAUACCCUGCUUCCAGUUAUUAUUUGUCUGUGUUAGAGUGAUAGACAAUGUCUAGUUGACUAUGCAGUGAUCACAGGACAAAAGCUAGAAGCGUCUUGCGGCCUUAUACGAUGGUGGCUAAGGGUUUGGGCUUUAAGCCACACUGCUGAGCUCCACGACCUUCUCGUUGUGUGACCUUGGGCAAAGUACUUCACCGCUCCGUGCCUCAAUCUCCUCAUCUGUAAAAUGAGUUGCCUGGAGCAUUUAAUGAGUUAAUACAUAUAAAAUGUUUAGAACUGUGCCUGGUAUAUAGUAGUGCUCAAUAAGUAUCUAUCACAGAAUAAUUGACCUCUCCAGUCAUAUAUCUAAUUUAUUAAGAAUUCUGGAUCGUGGUACUUUAAUCUGUUUUCUGAAUAACAAAAUCAAUAGCAAGAAUGAUAUUGUUUGUGGAGUACAAAUACAUUUGCAUCUUUGCUAUUAAAAUUUGGUAAUGCUAAUAAUGGUUAUUAUGUUUUCUGGGAUAUUUAUUAGUAACUUUAGGAUACAGGUAACAGAUGAGCCAGAAGCCCUUGGUACAGCCCCAUCAUGGAAGCAUAUGGAAUCUAAAUGUCACUUUCAUCCCACCUGAUUGCUUCCCCAGUGAAAAGGCCUUGAAAUAUUAGUUAUGGUUUUUUUUGACUAAAUAUGUCUCCUAGUCUUUAACAAUUCUCUUUCUUCCCGAACUCCACUUCCAUUAAGAUUUUUGUUUUAGAUUGAAAAUGAAAGGGAGUUAAUUUGUUACCAAAUGCUGAUGUCAGAAUAAUUUGUUAAGCCCUUUUUACCGAUCUAUUAUUUCCUUUAACGUUCUUUAUACUACAUAAAGAAAUCAUGGAAGAACUUUGGUAUCUUAUUUUAUCCCCCAGUGCCAAUGUAUACUAUUGCUGUUUAAUAAUUAUUUGUUGAAUUAAUUAACCAGCAUGACAGAAGGUCCAUUCUUCAGCCAAAUCAUCUCUUUAUUUGUUUACGGAGGACCCUGGGUGGGUGGCAAAGGAAGGCAGUAGGAUUGUGCUAAACUCUAUCUGUAGGUUGGAUUAAACAGCAGCUAGAGUUUACGACCUCUGCUGUGUGUAAGGAAAGUCUUCUGCCAGAAGGCAAAUAUGAAUAUAUACUUCAUAUGAAUGAUAGACAUCCCUAAAAUUAUUCUAGACUAAUGUUUUCCAUUAGUUUUCCAGGGGCAUCGUGAUUCCAUAAAAUAAAUAAAGAUAAGUACCUACACAUAUUUACCCCCUAUAUAUUGAUGCAUAUUAAAAAUACUUUACCUGGAAGAAAGUUUAGCAAAGGCCACUUGCCUGGUGUCUGUUCAUUUGCUCUAUCUCCGUCUAUUGAGAAUUAUUGGAACUUUAGGAGUGCUUGCAAAAACAACUCUGUUCUAAAUUAACAGCAAUCUGAGGAGCUACAUAAUUUCUGUUAGUGGAAACACGAAUGACUUUUCUAAUUGGAACAAAAGCAAUAUUUAACUAUUCCUAUGAAAGCAUUGGCCAGCAUAUAGCAUGCACGCUUCGCAGUCUUGCCGCUGGGGAGAUCUUCUGGCCCUGCCCUGCCUGCCUACUUGCUAGACUUCAGAAGAAACUGGGGAAAAGCAGCUAGAAGAGUCAUAGUCCAUUUUGAAGCUCUCAUUGUUAGGAUGGCAACUGAUGGGCCUACACGUUAAAUGGACUUCAAGGCAUUAGACCAGUUUCACUGGACUUUCUCAAUCUUACCUCUUAGGCUCUCCGUGAGUUCAGGUACACUUGUAUGAUGGUGCCCUACUUCUUGAUCGCCUCCCCUGUUCUGAAGGCUUAGCAUAAACCACAUUCUGUGGUGAGAAAGUCAACUUGACAACCUUUUUCAUUCUUCCUAACCUUUCCAUUCUCCCUCUUCACAUUUCACCUCUUCUUGGAAACUUGCAGGCUCAGGAACCACUCUUCUCCCUGAGCCUUCCCUUCCCACUCUUUGCCUCAUGCUUUGCUUGUGUACAGUGUUACUCUCACCCUAUGCACAUUAUUGAACGUGGACACCUUUGCCUUUUCACUUUAUGUUUGUGUGACAGUGUGGGCUUUUGCCGUUUGAGGGCAGGCUGGUAACUUUUGGACUCACAGCGUUGAUAGAUACUUAGUAAAUGGCUGUCCAUAGGGUAUAAAAUUCACAGGGAUUGUGAAGCAAUGAGAAUGAACAAAGAGAGUUUGAAUCCUUUUGUGGAUGAUUUGCCCAACAGACAGAUUCUUUUUACUGAUAUGCCUACCCUCAACAAAAUGGACUAGUCUCAGAAUUAAGAAGACCUAUGAAUACCAUGCUGCAGAUCAGUUUGAAAAAGAAUUAUUGGGGGAGGAGAAAAGGACAUUUGGUAGCAAAUCAAGUAAACUUUGUUGUUUAAGGUGUUAGAUUAGAAGAAUUGUGCAAAAGAAUUUGUUAAUGUUCAGACUGAUUUGUGUUCCUUCUUUUUAGUUGUUUUUUGCUACUCAAAAAUAAGUAUCUGGCAAAUUUUUUUGACCUAUCUUUAUCUUUUCCUGGUUAAUAUCUAUUAUCAGUGCAUUCUUUUUUUUUUUUUUUUAAGAUUUUAUUUAUUUAUUUGACAGAGAGAGACACAGUGAGAGAGGGAACAGAAGCAGGGGGAGCGGGAGAGGGAGAAGCAGGCUUCCCACUGAGCAGGGAUCCCGAUGUGGCUCGAUCCCAGGACCCUGGGAUCAUGACCUGAGCCGAAGGCAGACGCUUAACGACUGAGCCACCCAGGCACCCCGAUUAUCAGUGCAUUCUUGAUUACAUAUCCCCAUCAUGUUCCUUUUAUAUGUGAUUAUCUAAUAUGAUGUGGGAGGGAUUUGCAUUGUUUCCUUUUCUCAAAAGCUGCCCACUAUUUAUUAUGUUAUGACUGCAAGAUUCUUCUGCACAAGUACUUUUGGGUCUUAAGCUUACAUUUCAAAGCUGGUAGUGCUCUGUGUCCCCCUAAAUGGAAAGGAUUUGUAAGCUAUUUAUUAAAUUCAAGCAUUCUUAAGGAAUUUAUUUAAAUGACGGCUAAUUCUACUGCUUUAGAAGCACUGUUUGUUAUGCAUUAGAUUCAAUAAAGUAUGUAUAAUCUUAAAGUAUAUUCUAAUAAAUUUCAAUUUAGUUACAGAUGUCGUUUAAUAUUUUUGAGUCAAACUCCGUAUUAUUGCACAAAAGCUUAGAAGUGAGUUUGGUGCCACCUGCCAAUUUGCAAAUAGCACUUAAUUUUUAACUGCUACGAAUAAAUCGUAAGCCUUUUAAAAUACGGUUUUCUUGCAAUCACGUCACAUUAUCGAGUAUCUUAUUCUUAGCAAAUGCUUUGUUUUUUUCAUCCUUUUCUAUCUUCUUCUUAGUUUAUUUCAUUGAUCUUUUAUAUUAUAGACGCAAACUGCCUUGUGUUGAAGGAGGAAGCUGCAGGGUGUACUACCAGUUUUGUACGUAAUGGACUUUAACCUGGGUUUCUGUCUCUCCCCCACACAGUCCCUUCAGUCUGAAUAUGUUCAUUACUAAGGCCCCGCCACUCCAGUGAAAGCACUCCACUCUUAGACACAAGGUCUUCGUCUGCCUGAGCAAUGUAGCGAGAGAGCAGCUGAUUGCCGGAGGAGUCUUUCUGCCUUCUUACCUUAAAUUAAGGAAAGCACUAACAUAAGACCUUCAAGAGACUUGAAACCAGAAAACUCUGGCUAAUGACUACUCUAAAUGCACUGAAAGUGGGUUUAUGGAGCUGUUAACACUUUUUAAGACAGUUUUAAUGUUGAAUUUGGUAUCUCGAAAGGUUAUUUUUAAUGUAUUUCGGUAAUACAUUUGUUAUUACAUUUACAUGUACAGUGUUACAUUAUGUAUGUAUUGUGAACUUUAAGAGACUAUUUUGAUAAAUUUAUAAAUAUAUAAAAUUAUGUAAAAACUAGACUAUAUUUUGACUUAGAUUUUUCUUGCUGUUUGCUACCAAAAAUUUGUAUUUUGAAUUUGUUUGGUAUGGUUUUGUCUACAAUGAAUACAUAAUUCCUCUUUAUGAAGAAAAAAUAAGGGAGAGAGUUUUUAGAAAGUGAUUUUUAUGUUCCCACUGUGAACGUGGCACAUCAGUUCAUUCUUUUGGGAAGUCAGUCGAAUAUGAUGAGUUUAUCCAAGCUGAUCUCUGGUGAGAGGAGGAUGAUCGGUUGAUAUGGCUUCUUUAGGCCAUUUCCUUUCCCUUUGUUUUUGUUGCCAGCCAUUUCAUUUUGCAUCCUUGUGGGGCUUUAACACAAUUCAACAUCCAGUUGGAGAUCAGAAUUCGCUAAUGUUUCUCCUGAAAACACAGCUUUUCUCUGUGUGAAAUGAUUCAACAUUCCAAAUGCCUUUAUUUCUUUCCUCCUCUCACAAGAGCCCUGGCCCCAGUUAGGACAUUCUGCGUUUGGUACGAGGUUGUCGGCUGUAACCACACAUGGUCCAGCACCUGUUUUAAAUCAAUGAAGAGAGAAAACUGAAAAAAAAAAAAAAAAAGAUGCUGCUAAGUAGGUCUCUGUAUCAAAGGAGAUAUGUUUGAAACAGAUGACAAACACCUAACACACAAGCUAGGGUAUCAGAAGCCCGACAUGAAAACCAAGGGACUCCUUACAGGUACUCACGGCCCAUUUACUAAGUGUAAUCUUGUGUUUCGGCCUCAGAAGCCUGGAGGCUUCGUUUCUCUGGGCAGUUGGGGAGCCUUUGAUGCUGAUUGUUUUCCAUGCUGCCUUAGAACGGACUCCUCACACAGUUAAAUGGAUCCAUAUGAAGUGCUCUGCUCGCCACCACUGAGUUCUUUAUAAUCUAUUUAUUAGGAGGGGGUAACAUGAGGCUGUUACACAUGCUUCAGCAAAACAGCGCGUUGGUGUUUUCCAUUUUAAAAAGUCAUUUGAAUUACUGGCUCAGGUUCAUGACUUAAACUUCAGUAACCGCAGUACCAAAUAAUUGCACUAAAGCUGACGGGAAAAAAUGAAUUGUAUGUUUUAGGAGUCAAAAAUUAAAAUAAGUGGAAUUAAAUUGUAUGCCUUUUCUAAAGCCAAAAGAGUAAAAUAUUUUAUUAUGAGUUGUGAAAAAAAAAAAGAUUGGUUAGUUGUAUAGGAAGAUGAUAGUAUUUUUAAAAUUUAUCAGUGAAAAGUAAUUCAGACGAUGUUCGAGAAGUGGGGAAAAGGGAACCAUGUUGACAGUUUUAGUUCUGUGAACACUAAUUUGUGUGCAGCUAUUAAAAUGAUUGUAAAAUUGACUACUAUAAAUUUUCCAUAAUUAUGUGUGUAUAUUAGUCAUGUGUAUCUACAUGUGUAUGUCUUAAAAUUAUUUGUACACAUGUAGAUACUUAGACAAACCAAGAAGUGUAUGUAUAUAAUAUAGAAAGUAUAUAGCAAAGUAAUUCUACUCCAAAAAUAAAAAUUGUUGACAUGUAUUUUGUUAUGAAUAGUUUACCUUCCAAAAGAUAUUUUGUUCUAUUUUAAAGUGUAGAAGAAUACACUGCUAAUUAAUAAUAAAAGUUUUAUGCAAUUUAUGUUUUCCCUGACUUUUAUAAUUUGGAUUUUGAGUUAUCAAUGUACUGAAGUCUCUUUGUAAUUUUCUAUUUGAUCCGAUCUGGUUGGUGCCUUUCAAGUGUCUCAAGCUCUCCAUUCUGGAUUUUUAGUUUAUCUUUUAUUGACUUUCCAGGUUGUGGCCAUUUUUUGAAGUAUAUGACAAUGAGCACAAAGAAAUCUUAUCCUUUGCCUUUCACAAAAGUCAGAUAAUGUCAGGCUCUUGCUGUCUUUCUAAUUUUCCUUUCUGUUAAUAAAACACUGAUUGUGAUCAGA